AUGAGCCACCCGUCUCAGAGCCCACUAUCUCCUGCUGCAACUGGGCUCCCAUCAUCCUUGCGCCUCCAGCUUCCCACAGCCCGGUUAGCUCCAAACUCAAAGGGCUGGAAGAGGAUCGAAAGUCGCAUCCCUCCAUUAUUACGGCCUCUCGUGCGCGCCUAUCUGUUGGGCUAUGUGUCUUCGGUUGCCCCGAGAUUGUUCACUUUGAUUUCCAAGCAUGCCCUCAGGUGGAAGGCCGGGAAGAAACAACAGGAUGGGUUUGUCGAGUCCUUUGUAAACAUACUACGCGGUGGUAUGGACUGGCACCGCUUUCCUACCUUUUGCGCAGUCCUGGCCGGUGGUAGCACACUAUACUCAAUCGUUUGGCCGCUACAUUGUCCCAUGUCACACGAAAACGGCAAACUUUCAAGGUCGUUUGCCUCCUUCAUCGCGGCAUGGCUCGGUAUUAAGCUCUUACAGUCAAAGCGGACUCCAGGUUUUACCGAGACCAUAUCCUCACCCACAGUCAUAAAUGUUGGAACACCUUUACCCACAUCAGAUGCCGUUCCCGCUCAAAGACAAGAAGUAUCUCCGAAACAACCCAUAAGGACAGUACACUACGCUGGCCGAACCUUGGACCUGACCCUUUUCGCCGUCACUCGCGCCCUUGACGUGAUUUUUGGGGAGCUCUGGUCCCACUACAAGGCCCGUCGCCAUGGCUCCCCCUCCACCACCGCCAGUAGUAGACUCGUCGAAUCCCUCAUAUCCCGCCUUACCGACCCGGCCAUCUUCGCCCUUUCCAGCGCUCUUAUCAUGUGGACCUGGUUCUACCACCCCUCGCGCCUUCCACGGGCCUACAACAAGUGGAUCACCUCCGCCGCUUCCGUCGACAGCCGCCUGAUUGAGGCUCUCCGCCGGUGUCGGGCCGGAUCCCUCGUGUACGGUAAGGACACGGGCCAGGCCCCGCUGCUGGGCAGUAUGUGCAAGGACUACGGUUGGCCUGAGGCAUGGGGUGACCCGGCCGAGGCCGUGCCCUUCCCCUGCGAGAUCGUCCAUAUGGGCUGCGGCCCGAGCUGCGAGCGGCACGGCCUGUCGAGGUUCGCCCGCUCGUUCAAGUGGGCCUUUACCAUGUACCUGCCGCUCAACUUGCUGCUCGUGCUACGCAAGCCGAACUGGAAGGCGUUGAAGAAGGCGCUGGUCUCGGCGUGUGGGUCGUCGGCUUUUCUGGGCGUCUUCAUCACUCUGUUCUAUUACGGCGUGUGUCUAGCUCGCACGAGACUCGGGCCGUACAUUGUGGGAAGAGACGUAAAGAGUUGUCAAAAGAUGGAUGGCGGGCUUUGUGUUGGUACUGGGUGUGCUCUGUGCGGAUGGAGCAUCUUGCUGGAGAACGCGGGGAGGAGGAAGGAUAUGGCGCUGUUUGUCGCACCAAGAGCACUGGCUACGUUGUUCCCGAGGAGAUAUGACUUGCGGAAGCAGUGGAGGGAGACGGCGGUGUUCGCUGCCAGUACAGCGGUUGUCUUUACGUGUGCGUUGGAAAAUCCGAAGAGGGUGAGGGGUGUUCUUGGAGGGGUUUUGGCGGGUGUUUUGAAGCCGUGA